CAAGCUGCUGUGGACUUACACUGUAUUAAAUUUAAAAUAUUUUAUCCUGGAUCAGAGCUCCUCCAUUUGUGAGUUGUACGUUCUGUUAAGCAAUGGAAUCCUACAGCACAGCCGUCUUUUUGAUCAUACUUUUAUCUUCGCUAAUGAAUCUUUCUUCAGCAGAGUUUCCUACUCCAGCAACGGUAAAGACGUGGGUGGAUAAGAUGCAGGAGGACCUUGUCACAUUGGCCCGUACAGCAAGUGGAGUUGAUCAGCUAGGCGCGGUGUUUUUAAAAAACAGGGAUUCCUAUACAGUGGAAAUGAAUAAUGCCCAACAGUUGGUAGAAAGUGCAGCCUGGAAUAUAGAAAAACUACUGCUGAACAGAUCAAUGGCUUUGGAGACCCUUGCAACAGCGGCUGAGAAUUUCCAGAUGGAACACCAGUGGAAAAAUGAGUUUGGGGAAAAUGAGACAAUGUACUACAAUGCAAAAGAUAACUUAGAAUCUGAUUCUAAUGAGACCGGGCGAAUCAAGCCAGAAUUUGUAGAAGAUCCUUCCUUCAAACGUCGUAUUAACUACAACUACACUGCCGUCCAUAUCCCCACUGACAUCUAUGAAGGCUCCACUAUAGUGUUAAAUGAAUUGAACUGGACUGCAGCAUUAGAAGAUGUUUUUAAGAAGAACCGUGACGAAGAUCCCACGUUGCUGUGGCAGGUGUUUGGCAGUGCAACUGGUUUGGCACGGUAUUACCCAGCCUCUCCGUGGAUGGAUUCUUCAAAAACGCCUAAUAAGAUUGACCUGUACGAUGUUCGCCGGCGACCAUGGUACAUUCAGGGAGCUGCCUCGCCUAAAGACAUGCUGAUUCUGGUGGAUGUGAGUGGAAGUGUUUCUGGCCUGACUCUAAAGUUGAUCCGGACGUCGGUCUCUGAGAUGUUGGAAACACUUUCUGAUGAUGACUAUGUGAAUGUAGUUUCUUUCAACAAUGAUGCCAAGAAUGUCAGUUGCUUCACUCAUCUUGUUCAAGCCAACGUCCGCAAUAAGAAGGUGCUGAAAGAUGCAGUUCAUGAAAUCUCAGCAAAGGGAAUCACAGAUUACAAAAAGGGCUUCAGCUUUGCCUUUGAGCAGUUGUCAAAUUUUAAUGUCUCUCGAGCCAACUGCAACAAGAUCAUCAUGCUGUUCACUGAUGGAGGGGAAGAGCGAGCUCAGGAGAUCUUUGAGAAAUACAACCCAGAAAAGAAGGUCCGUGUAUUUACAUUCUCUGUUGGUCAACACAACUAUGAUAAAGGCCCCAUUCAGUGGAUGGCCUGUGCCAAUAAAGGACACUAUUACGAAAUUCCAUCCAUUGGAGCCAUAAGGAUCAACACUCAGGAGUACCUUGACGUCUUGGGAAGACCAAUGGUGUUGGCUGAUAAGAGGGCCAAACAAGUACAAUGGACAAAUGUGUACCUGGAUGCACUGGAACUUGGUCUUGUUAUCACAGGAACGCUGCCAGUCUUCAACAAAACCAAAGAGCUCAAGUCAAAUGAGAAAGGUGCUGUUCCAAGACAGAACCAGCUGAUUCUCGGAGUGAUGGCAAUCGACGUGUCUCUUGAGGACAUUAAGAGGCUCACACCUCGCUUUACAAUUGGCCCAAAUGGUUACUAUUUUGCAAUCGACCCCAAUGGCUAUGUUUUGCUCCAUCCUAACCUUCAACCAAAGACGAUUGGUGUAGGCAUCCCAAAGAUUUAUACGGGAAAACGGAAGCCUGUUUUCCAGAAUCCCAAAUUUCAGGAGCCUGUUACAUUGGAUUUUCUGGAUGCUGAACUGGAGAAUGAUGUCAAAGUGGAGAUUCGACGGAAAAUGAUUGAUGGAGAAAAAGGAGAGAUUAAAAUAAACACACUGGUGAAGUCUCAGGAUGAGAGGUAUAUUGACAAGGGAGUCAGAACAUACACCUGGACCCCAGUGAAUGGCACAGAUUAUGGCCUGGCAUUGGUAUUGCCAUCCUACAGUGCUUACUAUAUUAAGGCAAAAAUUGAAGACACAAUCACACAGGCCAGAUUUUCCGAAACCCUGCAACUUGAUCAUUUUGACGAAUAUGGUUACACAUCAAUUGCACCAAGGGAAUACUGCAAGGACAUGAAACUGUCAAGCAACAAAACCCAAUUUCUCUUGGAAUUCAAUGAUUUUAUUGACAGGAAGUCACCCAAUCAUCCAUCUUGCAACGUUACACUAGUUAACCGACUCUUACUUGAUGCUGGCUUUUCAAACGAAUUGGUGCAGUACUGGAAAAAGCAAUCUCCCCAAGGAGUUCUUGCCAGGUUUGUCGCUACUGAUGGUGGAAUUACAAGAAUUUACCCAAAAAGUGCUGGGGAGGAUUGGACAGAAGAUGCAGAGACAUAUGAAGCAAGCUUUUACAAGAGGAGCCUGGAUAAUCCAUUUUAUAUCUUCACUGCACCAUACUUCAACAAUUCAGAAAUCGGUGUGAAUGGGUUUGAUUCCGGUAUAGUGGUGAGCAGAGCAGUUGAAAUUACAGUGGAUGGUAAACUACUAAAGCCUGCUGUUGUUGGAGUAAAGAUUAAUGUCACUACCUGGAUGGAGAACUUCACAAAAGCCACAAUGAGGACAGAUUGCACAAGUGAGAUAUGUGACUGUGAGAAAAACAACAAGUAUGUAGACUGUGUGAUUCUGGAUGAUGGUGGAUUCCUCUUGAUGUCUAAUCAGGAUGAGUAUAUCUCACAGAUUGGCAGGUUCUUUGGAGAGAUUGACCCCAGUUUCAUGAGGAACCUUAUAGAGGUGCCUCUGUAUUCGUUUAAUAAGUCUUACGAUUACCAGUCUGUGUGUGAUCCAGAGAGAGAUACCAAGGCUGCAGCUGGUCUGCGUUCUGUCUUUGUGCCUACAAUAGCAGAUAUUUUAAACAUCAGCUGGUGGGCUUCUGCAGCUGCAUGGUCAAUAUUGCAGCAGUUAUUUUUAAGCAUUACUUUCCCAAAUUUUCUAGAAGCAGCUGACAUUGAAGAAGAGAUAGCAGCUCUGUCAAAGAAAAGCUGUAUUACCGAGCAGACUCAAUAUUUCUUUUCCAAUAAUAUAAAAUCAUUUCAUGGAGUCCUAGACUGUGGAAACUGUUCCAGAAUAUACCACGCAGAAAAGCUGGCGAACACAAACUUAGUAUUCCUGAUUGUUGACAGCAAAGUGACCUGUCUGGCCUGUGACUCAAAACCAUUGAUUCAAGCAGAACAGCCAUCUGAUGGUCCAAACCCUUGUGAGUUAGCUCAAAACCCUAGGCAUAGGAAAGGACCUGAAGUCUGUUUUGACAACGAUGACAAUGAGGAUGAUUCUGACUGUGGUGGGGUCUCUGGUUUGAGCCCAUCACUGUGGUCCAUGAUUGGAAUCCAACUUGUGCUGCUUUGGCUCUUAACUGGAUCAAGACAUUACCCAUCAUGACCCCAGAAAUAGUCCAAGACCCUAUCUGCAUACAUUUCAAGAUCCUGCCAAAUUUUGUUUCUGAAAUUUUAUGUUGACAGGGGUUGAUGAAAACAAAAGAAAAAAAUGACCCAGGAAGUAGAUGACUGAUGAUGUCCAUACCCUGGAGUAAUUUUGCCUGGGAAAGCCACUGACCUUUGAAUGAAGAACAUCAUUGAAUGUCAUGCCAUCUGAAGCUGAAUGCCCCUACAAAGGCAGAAGUAUGGUCUGUCUGAUUUUUGGAAGGAAACUUUUGGGGAAAACUACU